AUGCUAGGGGAUCCUCAAUCAUUAGAACCCCCUCCGCCCUUUGCUAAACAACUCGCCCCUUACAUCAGAACAAGAGGCGAGGCCCUCAAAGUGCGACGUGCCUUGACUGAGUAUUUGCAAGCUCAAGUGACCUUCUCGCAUGACAAUAUCGGGUCUCAUCUAUCACUAUGCGCACCUCACAAUGUGGCGUGCGUCAAACGAAUCCCCCCCGAGCUUGGUAACGGGCUUCGGGCUCAAUACUUGAGAGCUCUACAAGCAAACAUUGCAGCGAGGAAAGAAUAUAGUGAACUGUUGAAGGAGACCCAGACUCUUACUGAGAACCUGGCUCGCCGGGAUAACGAAGAAACACCAGUUCCUGAUGGUGAAGAGUUGCGGAUAUACCUAUCCCUGCUUCAGAGCCGGCAGCAGCAGAGGAAAAUCCAGAUAUGUCAACAUUACCUUGAUAAACUGAACGCGAUGGAGGCAGCUCAGUCAGAAUAUCUCGAUACGAGUCGGGAGAUGAAAGAUAUCCUGUCAUCCUCCCAGAAAUUCGCUCUACACCACGAGGGCGCUGGGUACACGACCAGCCCUGGAAGCCGCCCGGAUACUUUACUACACGACCUGGAGCGAACAGUGCUCGUCUCCAAAGGCCAAGCGGAGGACGAAAAGGAAUUACUUGGGAGGCUAAGGGCCCGAAUUCAAGCGAAGCGCGCGGAGCAGAGGGAUACCUGUCCACAAGCCAAACUAAAGGCCAUUUUGCGAAUCCGUGAUGAGCUUGUGCAGUGGGUUGAACAGACACUCGCUACUUCUGGAAUGGAAGAUGCGAGUAUCAUCGAAGAAGAACAGAACUACAAGACUACCGGUGCGCAUCAGGCUCCGUCUUUGUUAGAGGACUUGAAAAUUGAAUCCGAGGCACAAUAUGCCGCCUAUAUCUCUGCGCGUCGGAGAUUGCUGGAAGCUGUAUCAGCUGCUUCAAACUUGCCGAUGAAAUCCCCCUCCAGGCCUAUGCACCGGAAAUCCAAGCAGCGCGAAACUGAGCGGUCUUUUGCAGAUAUUGAUAUUAUCUUCCCAUACGUGCAGGAACAUCUAUCGCCACUUUCCAGAUCGCAGAAGGUUUCCACGGUCCACAGAUCUUUCCUUGCUGCGCUACUGUCAAAGGAAACGUCGACGGCUGAGAGAGCGUUUGAACGCUUGCAAAGUGAGAGCCAUUUGCUGCCGGAAUACCCGAUCUUCGCGAAACAGCCACGCUCUAAACACGCUUCCUCGAUCAAUUCUCGUUCGGCGCCAACUCAGGACUCAGCACUUGUCGUCCAUGCGCAAGCCUGGGCUUUUGCAUCCAACGCGGCACAGGAUGGCACAAAGGAGCAUAUUCAUCGACAGCUGGCAUCUGGGACACAAAUGGCACAGAGGAGCGAGACGACAUUGAGAAAUGUUUACGACAUCUUGAAUCAGGACUAUGACGAUGCCACCUCUCCGCAGGACCAGACGGGAAAAAGCGAUGAAGCCACCUGGGCUCCGAACGCAAGACUCUCUCGGGGCAGAAUGAUUACGACUCGGUCGGAGAAGCGGCCAAAGGGGCCCGUGGUCUGGGGUUACACGGCCAAAGUUGGUGUGACUGGCGACUGA